GGUUACACUGAGAGAGUAAUUUAUUGAGUUUCCUUGUAGAAAAAAAGAAAAAAUUCGGAAAAAUGAUUACGGGAAUUUAAAAAUCAAUAAAUUGAUUUAGCCCAGACGGAAUAAUCGACAAUUUAACUAACACAAAUUGUAUGUUAGGAGCAACAAAUGGUUCGGAAUAAACAGUUGUGGGUAAUGUAUUAAUUUGGUAGCUCAAAAAUCAAACAAAUUUUAAAUUCAUUAUAAAAAAAAAUAUUAUCGUCAUCAUCGUCGUCAUCAACAUUAUCUUGAAAUUGUUGAUUGUUGUUUGCAAAAAAUAAUGAUUAGAAUAAUAUUAUUAUUAUUCGGCAGUACCCAUACCUGCCUACUACACGAAAUCUAUAAAAACGGCCGGCAUCGGGUCACAGGUACUGCAGUAGUCGUUCGGCCAGCUUUGUAUUCUAAUCGACGUUAUCGUUCUUAAUUUUUCGUCUUCAACUCCUUAUCAUGAGAUCUUACAGUCUUACACUACGCAUCACGAAGGUUUGUUACUAAUCAUUAUUAAUAAUUUUGUAAUUUUUAUUAUACUAUAAUUAUUAUUCCUUUUUUUUUUAAUUUCAGAAAUACUUUUAGGUGGUUUUAGUAGUUUAGUAGAUGUAGUUACAGUAUUAGAAGCACUAUAAUAUUGUUGUUUAAUAAUUUGGGCUGAUUGAGUUUAAAUUAGGAUAGAGAAAAAUGUGUUUAUUUCGGUAAACUAUUCUUAAAAAAAGGGUUGAUCCUGGGUCAAAUGCAUCUUUGUUGUAGAUAGGAACAUGGGAAAGUAGGAUACUUAAAGUUAUUUAUUGUAUACCUGAAAGCAACGAAUAACCAUUGCUAACUUCACUCAAGUUUAUUUUUCCACUACGUAUGGCUUAUAAAGAACUUCCUGUUAAAUCUUCAUGCAUUUAUAUUUAGUCUUAGAAUCGUAUUCAAUGAAUUAAAUUUUAAUAAAAUGAUCACAAAGGGCUCCAAUGAUUUGCAAAUUUUAACAAGUCUAGAAAAAGCAACUAUAAGUAUUCUAUCCAAUAUCCAAGUUUUUUUGAAUACUGUAAACUGAAAAUCAUUUGAAAACAAAUUUUCUAAUAAUUAGAUAAUUCAUUUAUAACUUUCGCAAAUUUUCCUGUUCCGUCUUCAUAUUUUUCAAUUUUACUCAAAUUUUAGUAAAACUUAAAAGAAAAUCAAAAAUUCACUCUUUUUUUUUUUAUCCACAAAACUAAACAAAAAAUAUUUCUUGUUGUUAUUCUGCAGGAUUAAUAUUUAUGGUAGAAAUUAUGUAUAUUUCAUCUUUUUAUUUUUCUAUUUAUAUUAAGACAAUUUGUAUUUUUUUUUUUUUUAUAGAUAACUGUUUUAUUCAUUUUGGCCCUUAUUGUGAUUCAACAAGCCUCAUGCACACCGAUGCCAGGAAAACAUGAUAAAAAAAAUAAUCGUGAACACGAUCAUGACGACAGUCACAAUAAACAUAGUGAUGAAAAAGGGAGUAAUGUUCACAUGAAUGGCAGAGAUCGUUGGAAUACAGCAAAACGUAAAAUAAGCAACGCUACAAAAUUAAGCAAUCACGGACAUGGCAGUGGAUUCGCCAAAGGACACGGUGAUAACAGCCACAAUAAUAGAAGUGGCAAUAGAAAAAUGCGUGUAAAUGACGGGAAACAUAGCAAAAAUCACAGUGUUGAUAAAGGUGGACACAAUCCCGGUCACGGACAUGGAUUCAGUCGUAUGCAUGGAUGAUUAAAAAAAUGCAAUAUAUACGUUAAGUUUUAAGCAUAUAAAUCUAUGUAAGGACGCUAUUACGAUGUGAAUAUAAUUUUAUUUUUCUUAGUUAAUUAGUUAAUAUUAUAUUUAAAUUAUAUUAUGCAAAAUUCNAACACAAGAGGUUGACGUGUAGUAUAUUAUACACGAAAGGAAAUCGACUUUAGGAAAAAUUAUGGUUAAUCCCAUUAAUUGUAUGUGUUCAAAAGCAUACAUUCCUCUAUCAAAAUUUUGGUCUCCGAUGCUAUACCAUCCAAAAAAAUUAGUUUUCAGAUUCGUUCAUACUUCUUUUCAAUCCACUCCUGGUUCUAAGGAAUGGACCUUGCGGAGUACCGUCAGAAAGGUCUUUACUCAAAUAUAAUACAUGAUACUGUAUUACAUUUCUCAGCUCUUCGUAUCGUAACGAUUUGGAGCAAAAUUCGGUAAGAAAUACAUUUAUUUGCUGUAAUUUUUUACGAUUUUCGUCAAAAUUUGAUUUAAAAACACUUCUGUGUAUUAAACUAAACAAUGUACUACGUCUAUAUUAGGCCAAUUUACAUAUUUAAAAUAAACGACAUGUCUCUACAAUAAAUUUAAAUUAAAAAACAACAAAAAAUCUAAAUGGUGUACACUUUAACAUAUUUCUUGCUUUUUUCCCCGAUUUUUCAUUAUUAUCAAUACUGAAAACAAACAUAUUUUUAUUCAAAAAGUAGACACAUUUUUUUUCAGAAAAAUGUUAUUGUUGAAAAAAACAUUAUAAGUAGAGAAAUAAAUUUUAAAAAGACGGAUAUAAUUCACACGUGAGUGGUCUGCGGUUUUGACUUCAUCAUGAUUCAUCAAUCGACAAUAUACAUAGUUUCUUCUUUGUUAAAGACGAAAGUUAAAAUCCUUGCAUAGAAUUAUAACAAGUUUUGUUCCACAUAAUUUUUACUCCAAUAAUUUUCGCCAAAUUUAAAAUUAAAAUUCCUUUAUAAAAAAAAUAAUACAUUAAGCUCAGUUUUAACGUUUUGACCAUUAAGUACGACUUUUAAUGAAAUUCCUGUUUAAUUUUCAAGCAUUUCAGUUGAGGGUAACAAUUUUAUCUAUAAAGUACGUACCGAAUUGAAAUUAUGUAUAUAACUCGUAAAAUUAAAUUCUCCAAAUUAGGAAAGGCCAUGUUUAGAAAAGGUAAAAAAUGUUUAAUGUCUAAAUUUCAAGUUCAAGGUUUCUCACGAAAGAUUUAGGUACUCCACAUUAACUGAAUUGAUGAGUAUGAUAAUUGACGAUGUACACUUGGCUGCUCUCUUUGUGUCAAUGUAUAAAAGUCUAUAAUUUUAACUAUCUAAACUUUGUAGUAUGAUGGUAGUUUAUUUUGUGUACAGUUUUGAAAGAAAGAAAAAUGUAAAAAAGGGCUAGCAAAGAAGACUGAUUGUCAAAGUACAAAAAAGAACCCCAAAAUAAAUGGACAUGGGGCAGCUACUGUUAUAAGUAAGUUGAUGCAUAUACGAAGCAAAGACAAACCAUUCCGAGAAAGAUUCAGUUGAUAGUGCUGCUGUUUCAACAAUAUAAAUUUAAGUAUAUUUUAGUAAAAUAAUUGAAUAGGCAUUAUGUAUUUGCUUUAAUAAUAUUGGUCUAAUGUUGUAUCGAUUUCCCCGAUCAUCAUACAUUUUUUCUGGUUUUCCCGUGUUAUUUAACAGUUUUACCAUUCGAUGAGAAAACUCUUAAUAAAUCGAAAAAUUACUUCUCUAAAGUAACAUCAUAGAAGAAUAUCCUUACAAAGAAACUGCUACCAUUCAAAAUUGGAGCAAAUUGAUGUUAAAAUUAUGGUUCACAGAAAAAUAAAUUGUCAUCUUUCUUAUACGAAUUUUCGUGUUUUCUUUCGAUUUUUCGUAUUCGUUGGGAAAAUUUCUAAAAAAAUAGUAAAUUAAUUCCCUAAGGUACCUCCCAACACCUACUUCCUUUCAGAAAAAGUACUAUACGUAAAAAUUAUAGUUUNAUCGAGCUUUGUAAGUUUAGCUGAAUUUAUUCAAGUGACAAAAAUUCAUAAAGUUUUUAAUUUAUUUUAUUUGAUUAUGUUAUUGGGUAUACACAGUGCUCGAAUUGUAAGACCAUGUGAAGAGAAACUGUAAAACGAAAAAAUUAUAAAAAUAGAGCAUCCCUUGCAAUUAUUUUAUUCGACAUAAACAGAGAAGGGUAUUUCUUAUACUAAUUUGUGUGUAUAUAAAACUCAUUGUAUCGGAAAUAUUGUUCUGAAAAUAGAAAUGGUUACACUGAGAGAGUAAUUUAUUGAGUUUCCUUGUAGAAAAAAAGAAAAAAUUCGGAAAAAUGAUGACGGGAAUUUAAAAAUCAAUAAAUUGAUUUAGCCCAGACGGAAUAAUCGACAAUUUAACUAACACAAAUUGUAUGUUAGGAGCAACAAAUGGUUCGGAAUAAGCAGUUGUGGGUAAUGUAGAAAUUUGGUAACUCAAAAAUCAAACAAAUUUUAAAUUCAUUAUAAAAAAAAAGUAUUAUCGUCAUCAUCGUCGUCAUCAAUAUUAUCUUGGAAGUGUUGAAUGUUGUUUGCAAAAAAAAAAUGAUUAGAAUAAUAUUAUUAUUAUUCUGCAGUACCCAUACCUGCCUACUACACGAAAUCUAUAAAAACGGCCGGCAUCGGGUCACAGGUACUGCAGUAGUCGUUCGGCCAGCAUUGUAUUUUAAUCGACGUUAUUGUUCUUAAUUUUUCGUCUUCAACUCCUUAUCAUGAGAUCUUACAGUCUUACACUGCGCGUCACGAAGGUUUGUUACUAACCAUUAUUAAUAGUUUUGUAAUUUUUAUUAUACUAUAAUUAUUAUUCCUUUUUAUUUUAAUUUCAGAAAUACUUUUAGGUGGUUUUAGUAGUUUAGUAGAUUUAGAUACAGUAUUAGAAGCUCUAAAAUAUUGUUGUUUAAUAAUUUGGGAUAAUUAAGAUUAGGACAGAGAACAAUGUGAUUAUUUCGGUAUACUAGUCUUAAAAAAGGGUUGAUCCUGGUUCGAAUGCAUCAUUGUUGUAGAUGGGAACAUGGGAAAAUAGGAUACACAAAGUUAUUUAUUGUAUACCUGAAAGCAACGAAUAACCAUUGCUAACUUCACUCAAGUUUAUUUUUCCACUACGUAUGGCUUAUAAAGAACUUCCUGUUAAAUCUUCAAGCCCUUCUACUAAUUCUAAGAAUUGUAUUCAAAGAAUACCUACAGAAUUAAAAUUACGUGAACGACUUCCAAAAUUAAAAUGUUUUUUAAACGAUCACAAAGGGCUCAAAUUUUUUGAAAAGUUUAUUAUUUCUAGAAAAUGCAAAUAUAAGAUUUCUGUUCAUAUUUCAAGUUUCUACGAAUUAUUUUACCUAAAUUACAACAAAAAAACGAAAUUUAAAAUAUUACAUUUUCGUGAAUUUUUCUCUUUUUAUCCUGGAUUUUCUUAGACAUCUUCUUAGACAAAAAUCAUUAAAUAAUUACCUAAAAGUACCAUCUGGAUAGUAUUUCUCUUCAUAAAUGAAUACAUAUUCUAACAGAUAUCCUGCUCCGGUAUGUAUGGGCGGUACUAUUUCUGAAAGAAAAUGUUUUCUAGACGGUACUUUAGAUAAGUCAUUUCUUGCGUCUUUUCCAAGCGGUUUUCUAAAUUUCUAGGAGUGACCCAGGUAAAACUUUAAUAAAACUGGUUGUUUACGAAAAUGAUGCUUUUAUAUAUUAUUUAAAAUUUUGUUUUGUUAUUUGUUGUAAUUCAGCUCAAACAUUUUUUAGAGGACUUGAGAUUUGGUCAAAAAACAUAAAUUGAAGAUAUGGUAAAAUGUGUACAAAUUUUUAGGAAAUAUUAAGGAAAGAACCUAGGAAAAUGUACAAUUUCACGAUUUCAUUAUUUUAUAAAAACACAAACGACGUCUUUUAUUAAAAAAUGUAUUUCAUUUAAAAACUCACGAGGUACCUUGUUUGUUGUUUUUUUGAAUUACUUUCUCACGGCAUUAUCGUCAACCCUUUAUGAUUUCAAAUUUAAACGAUAAUCUCAAAAAAUAUUACGGCACAAUAAAUUAUGUAUUACUGCACUGCGCUCGGAGUCGUCUUUCGUCAAAAAAUGGAUUCUCGUUGUUGACAGAUAUUAAUGUAAUAGUUUUAUGUAUUCUACCAUCCCAAUUUCUUACUUACAACAGUGGUGGCUGUUACAAAUACACAAAUGACGUUUUUUACUUUAAAUAUGUUUUAUAUAAAAAAUCUCAAGGUACCUUUAUUGUUGUUUUUUUUUUUAUCUAGUUUCUCACGGUAUCAUCGUCAAAAAUAAGAGUUAGUAAUAAUUUUAUUAUCUGCAUGGUUUCGGGCGAUUGACCCAACCCCUCCCUUCCAUAGAUCCGCGUUUGUAAUGACUUUUAGAUAGUUCCUCCCAAAUUAUUUUCAAAAUUGAAUUUUCUUUAAAUUACUUAAAAAUAGCUCAAAUAGUUUGAAAGUUUUACCAAGUCUAGAAAAAGCAAAUAUUAAUUUUCUGUUCAAAAUGCAAGUUUCUGUGAUUAUUGAAAUAUUCCGGUUUCUUCUUCAUAUUUUUCAGUUUUGCUCAAUUUUUAGUAAAACUUACAAGAAAAUUAAAAAUACAAUCCCUUGGUCACCCAGAAAUUUUAACAUAAAAGAUUUCUUGUCAUUGAUCGGUAGGAGCAUUAUUUAUGUUAGAAAUUUCGUAUAUUUUAUCUUUUUAUUUUUUCUAUUUAUAUUAAGACAAUUUGUAUUUGUUUAUUUUUUUUUUAUAGAUAAUUGUUUUAUCCAUUGUGACCCUUAUUGUGAUUCAACAAGCGUCAUGCACACCGAUUCCAGGAAAAAGUGAUAUAAAACACAACUGUGAACACGAUAAUGACGACAGUCAAAAUAAACAUAGUGAUGUUAAAGGAAGUAAUAUUCACACGAAUGGUAGAGAUCAUUGGAAUACAGCAACCCGUAAGAUUAGCACCGCUAGGAAAUUAAGUAGUCAUGAAUAUGGCGAUGGAUUAAACAAUGGACACGGUGAUAACAGCCACAUUAAUAGAAGUGGCAGUAGAAAAACGCGUGUAAAUGACGGGAAACAGCAAAAAUCGCAGUGUUGAUAAAGGUGGAUACAAUCCCGGUCACGGACAUGGAUUCAGCCAUAUGCAUGAAUGAUUAUAAAAAUGCAAUAUGCACGUUAAGUUUUAAGCAUAUUCAUCUAUAUAAGCACGCUAUUUUAAUUCACAGAUUAUAAAACUAAAAUUUGUUUUUUAAACAUUCAAGCACAACUUUUAAUGUACCUUCUAUUAAGUUGUCAAGUAUAUCUUUUUAGUCAUAUAAUUUUAAUUUUAGAUAGAGAAGUACAUAAUGUAAAAACACGAAAAUAUUAAAUCCCAAUAAAUUGCCUGAAAAUGAUUAGAUUGUUUUGAAAUUUAUACUAUGUCUAUAAUAGGCCAAUAUUCGUUUUUAGUGAGAACUCCAUGUCUCUAAAAUAAUUUUU